AUGAAGCUGCUGGAAGCUGGAAUCAUCUAUCCAAUUUCAGAUAGUGCCUGGGUGAGUCCUGUGCACGUGGUUCCUAAGAAAGGAGGGGUUACUGUUGUGAAGAAUGACAAGGAUGAGUUGAUUCCGACGCGCACAGUGACUGGACACAGGAUGUGCAUCGAUUACAGGAAGCUGAAUGCAGCGACCAGGAAAGAUCACUUUCCAUUGCCCUUUAUUGAUCAGAUGCUGGAGAGACUUGCAAGCCAUCCCUACUACUGCUUCCUCGAUGGGUACUCAGGAUUUUUCCAGAUCCCUAUCCACCCAGACGAUCAGGAGAAGACCACCUUUACAUGUCCAUACGGCACUUUCGCAUAUCGCAGGAUGCCCUUUGGACUCUGUAAUGCUCCUGCGACGUUUCAGAGAUGUAUGAUGUCCAUCUUCACUGACAUGAUUGAGGAUUUCAUAGAGGUCUUUAUGGAUGAUUUCUCAGUCUACGGAUCAUCUUUUAAGGACUGUCUGGAUAAUCUCUGCAAGGUUCUGGCUCGCUGUGAAGAGAAACACUUGGUCCUUAACUGGGAAAAGUGUCACUUUAUGGUCAGAGAUGGGAUUGUGCUUGGACACAAGGUUUCUGCAGCUGGCUUCUAUCGUCGCUUCAUCAAAGAUUUCAGCAAGAUUGCACGCCCUCUUACUGCUCUGCUCUGCAAAGAUGCUAAGUUUGAGUUUACAGAUGAGUGCCUUGCUGCGUUCGAACAGAUCAAGCAUGCCCUGAUAAGCGCCCCCAUUGUGCAGCCUCCUGACUGGAAUUUGCCUUUUGAGGUGAUGUGUGAUGCUAGUGAUUUUGCUGUUGGUGCUGUUCUAGGACAGAAGAAGGAUAAAAAGCUUCAUGCCAUCUACUAUGCCAGUCGAACUCUGGAUGAUGCUCAAAGGAAUUAUGCUACUACUGAGAAAGAGCUGUUGGCUGUGGUCUUUGCUUUUGAGAAAUUUCGGCCAUACCUUGUGGGAUCGAAAGUGAUUGUGCACACAGACCAUUCUUCCCUCAAAUACUUUAUGCAGAAGAAGGAUGCGAAGCCAAGGUUGCUGCGAUGGGUGCUACUCCUUCAGGAAUUCGAUAUUGAGGUCAAGGACAAGAAGGGUGUUGAGAAUGGUGUGGCAGAUCAUCUCUCACGCAUCAGGGUUGAAGACGACGUACCCAUAGACGAUUUCCUGCCAGAAGAGAAUGUGUAUUAUGUGGAAACCAAGUCCCAGAGCAGUUUUGACGAAGAAUUGCAGGUUUUUCGAGUUGGAGGAACGUUAGUGACGAGCGACACCACCACUAGUGUCGCGCGUCACCUUUCUCAGGCGAACACAGAGACCUCCCAAAUUCGAAACAGACUUCCUGAGACCAGUUCAGCUGCUGUAUCCGCUACCCAACGCCCUUGGUAUGCCGAUAUUGCCAAUUAUCUCGCUGCAGAGGCUGAGCCUGAGAACUUUAAGGGCUAUGCAAAGAAGAAGUUCCUGAGAGAGCUAUUCGACUGCUGGGGUAUCGAUUUCAUGGGUCCUUUUCCCUCUUCUUAUGGGAACAAGUACAUCCUGGUUGCUGUUGAUUAUGUCUCAAAGUGGGUCGAAGCCAUUGCCAGUCCCACCAACGACUCUUCAGUGGUCCUUAAGAUGUUCAAGACCAUCAUCUUUCCUCGAUUUGGAGUGCCUCGAAUUGUUAUAAGUGAUGGUGGUACUCACUUUAUUAACAAGAUUUUCGAAAAACUCCUAAGGAAGCAUGGAGUUCAUCAUCGAGUUGCCACUCCGUAUCACCCUCAGACGAGUGGACAGGUCGAAGUCUCGAAUCGACAGAUCAAAGAGAUUCUGGAGAAGACAGUGGGAAAAACUCGAAAGGAUUGGGCUGCGAAGUUGGACGAUGCACUCUGGGCGUACAGGACAGCGUUCAAAACACCUCUAGGCACCACACCUUUCCACCUGCUCUAUGGAAAGCCCUGUCACCUUCCAUCUGCUGCAGAGAGGAGACUGAUACAACUGAAUGAGUUGGACGAAAUCAGGUGCCAUGCCUAUGAGAAUUCGAAGUUGUACAAAGAGAGGACCAAGGCGUAUCACGAUUCCAAAAUCGUCUCCAGGCAAUUCGAACCGAAUGAUCAGGUUCGCCCCUAUGGUGCUAUCGUCCUCCUCACACCAGAUGGUAGCAGGGAGUUCACAGUCAAUGGACAAAGGGUGAAGCACUACUGGGCCAAAGCUGAGAUUCCGGAUGGACAUAUCGUGCCUCUGGAUGGUGCACCUCCUGCUUGA